AUGGUCACUGGCUAUCGCAGCGUCUUUGCACAAAAUGUCGUCACCCCGUCAAUGGCGUCACCAGGGGUUUCGAAUUUGUUCCAGUUCCCGGUUCCACAGCAGUUGUUGGACAUUCUUGCGCAAAGAGCUAAUCUUCCUCACCUGCAGAUCACAAAGACGCCAACGUUUCCAGGCUCCGCGUUGGAAGACGUAGUUGUAGUUCUGGACGACGGCAAGGGCGACAAGAAUCAGCAGCAACAAGCGUUCACCACUGGUUCUGUCACCUCGGACAUUCAAGUGGGUUUACCGCGCGAUUGUGCUGUAAAUCCUGCUGCACCCCCAGCCAGCGCUUUGCAUCAGACGCCCCUAGCUUAUUCCCUUCAUGGGGCUUCCUUCUCACUGAAUCUAAGUCCGGUUCCCGCUGGGAGGUCUGCAGCCAGAAGUUGUCAGCGCGCUCCUCCCGCGACGGCUCCUACUUCCAGUGUCGUAGCUGCCAGUAUCCAUCCAACAUACGUUGCCCGUUACAGCGCUAACAUUCAUGAGGUCAUCUACAGCUCGUUUCCAUCGGUAAGUUCCUGCGAGCCUUGGAUUCGCUCUCAGUCACAGACUCAGUCGUCUUCGCCGCCUACUUCGCAGUUUGAUACGCACGUUGCAGAAGCACAACGCCUUCGACCGUCAACGAACGGUGCCAUACUGCCUGUAAGCCGCUAUGUUUCAGUGGCAAACAACGUACUGGGUUCCACGGAGCAAGAAGGAAAGAAUGAGCCUAGUCAGGUGCCAGUAAUUGUGCCGAAGCAGGAAUCAGUAGACCCUUCGUACUCACCACAGUACAAGGCCCACUGCUCUACUGCGGGUCAGACCGAAUCCUCCUUUGAAGGUGAUACACACAUGAGUACUUCACGCACCGGGGAAGGCACACGUUCCCGACGGUACAACUCGGCCCGUCCCUGCAAAUUGCCAUUCCAUGAGCGUCCUUACAAGUGCCCAUUCAGCAGUUGUGACCGGCGAUUUUCUCGCAGCGACGAACUGACCCGUCACAUCCGAAUUCACACAGGCCAAAAGCCGUUUCAAUGUAGAAUUUGUCUGCGUGCAUUUUCCCGCAGUGACCACUUGACCACUCAUAUCCGCACCCACACAGGCGAGAAGCCUUUUGUGUGUGACUUAUGUGGUCGACGGUUUGCUCGCAGUGACGAAAAGAAACGUCAUACGAAAGUACAUCUGAAGCAGAAAAGCCGUCGCUUCUCGGUUGCGGUUUCGGUCAGUGGUGGGGCGGCAUGCAAUGCACAUUCGGCAUCCAGUCGCACUCAUGCAGUGCCAAAGACGUCGAAAAUCAAUUAG